UGGAGAUGGUCGUCGGGUCUACCGUCAACGCAGUUCAAAAUAAGAGGCUUCUAGCCGGUAUUCUUGUACGUAAUUGAGGCAUCAUGCUGAUUCUGAGCUGGAAUGUUGCCGGACUGAGUACAACAGUGAAUCGUAUCCAUUCUUCCUACGACAGCCCCGCUCCAAAAGGAACAAAAAGACAACCGACUUCGGCUGCACUUGCUCGUUUCUUGGAACUUCAUGGUGCCGACAUUGCGUGUUUGCAAGAGCACAAAAUACCGAAGCAGCAAUUGUCCUCGAAAUCAGAGCCACGUCACUGUUCGAACGUCACCGGCUAUGAAUCGUUCUGGUCGUGUUGUGUAGACAACAACAAGAAAGGCCUGAACGGGGUUGUUACGUACGCCAAGCAAGGGUCAGUUCUGAGGGCGGAUGCGGCACCUUUGGGAUCGCCUGACCUUGACGCACAAGGUAGGUGCGUCAUGACUGACCACGGUACCUUCGUUCUCUUUAACGUUUAUGUUCCGGCGUCGGGGGGACAACCGUUGGCGUUUAAAAUGAAAUUCUUGAAUGCUCUGCGGCGAUCUAUGCGAAAGCAACGGCAAGAAAAACAAAAGCCUGUCGUCUUAGUAGGAGACUUAAAUAUUGCGCACACUGAAAAAGACAUUUUCUGGAAAGAUCGUGUAGUUCAUGUCGAUGAAGUGCUCGACGUUGUUGCGGAGAGCGGAUGCGACCUCCCGCGUUGGAAGGUUGAAUUAGCCGAGCAUUGGCCCAAGAUCGAGCAAGUCUUGGAGAGCAAGGAGGUUGUACCUAAACAAACUUCGAACUCCAUGACCGGCGAAAAGUACGACAAGUUUCGACUGGCGGUAGCUGUGGACGGUCGCCGCGUUUAUCUGGGUGGGCACGAAGUGUCGGCGGAGUACUGCACUCAUCGCUACGAUUUUUCUCCGUAUUCGUAUCGGGAUCCGGAAACCAAUGAAGAACUCCCAGCACAAGAAGCAAACGCCGUAGGCGUUGGUGUACUUGCGGAGUUAAUGUCCAAGAUUGUUGGUGUUCAAUGGGAUGAGCCAAUCCUAAGAUCCAUCGUUGCUACCGACGGCUCGGUACGGAGACUCUCUCCUACAAGAAAGUGGUUGUCCACAGUUCUUCAAGACGACGACAUGGUGGAUGUAUUCAGGUAUCACUUUCCAUCAGCAGAGGCCCGCUUUACAUGCUGGAAUCAAUCACUAAAUCGCAGAUAUUUCAAUGAUGGUUCUCGUAUCGAUUAUACAAUUGUCGACCGGUGUUUGAUGAACCGCGUUGCUGAUAGCGAAAGCGGUAGUCUACGCUGUGGUGGGGCUGCCAUGUGGGGUAAACAAGUUUUCACAGAGGAGGCUGCCCUCAGUGCGGCAACAGCCAAUGGUAGAUUUCAGCCAGUGUCCUUUGAGGGCGGCGGGAUUAAUGAGGCCGCACAAGACACGCUAGAUACUCAGUUUGGGCCCGCGCAUACCGGUAUGGUUUAUACGCCGCCGUCUUUUAGCGACCAUAUCGGCGUUUCUUUGUCAAUGUGCGACUCACUCCUCUGCAAAGACCUGGUCGUAGACGAGUUCGACGCGGCGACUCGCAAGGCGCAGCCUCACAAGCUGCAAAAAACGAUAGCAUCUUUCUUUGCAGCGGGUGCCCGGUCAGGACCGAGAAUUCCUGAAAGAGAUUCAAUUGAUGCAUUGUCGGGAAAUCUACAGCGAAAAGGCAUAUUCGCCCGCUCCCUCUCGUCCAGUAGCUCUUCUUCCAAAAGAGCAAAACUUUCUGUCAAUAAGAACGCAGCGAAAUCCAGCAAAAGCAUUCUGAUUCAUUUUCAAAAAAAAGCAUAAUUUGAUUCAUGUUGACUAAUUGAGGCGUUUGUGUACAUACCGACAUGGCCUUAAUUGUCUACACUGUUGCAUAACGGAUCUAUAUUCUACGGAAAGGAUUUCAGGCCCCGAGAGACGGUGUAUUGAGAAGAAAGGUUGCUACCCAACUUCGCAAAGCAUCGUCUGAAAGUUGCGACACUCUUACGUCGCUUUUAAAAACGAGGCUGUCGUCCUCCUCAUCAAAGCCUUCACCGAGACCACUAAUUGGCAUCUUAUCCGAUUUAGUCUUGGAAGAUACGUUGUUUUUCACGGCUCCAUACUGCCAAGCUCGAUCUGCGAUGGCCAAACUUGAAAUCAUAUUGGUCGGAGUCAAAACCUCUUGUUUCGACAAUUCGCUCCAAAUCGCCGCUGCUUGCGACUGUGGCACAACUUCAAAUCUCUCUGCGCGAAUUUCACCUUGAAUCCCUCUUGCAAGGCCUUUUUCUCCUUUAGUCCAGAUUGAGACGCCGGAAACCACCAUGAAUUCUUCGAUAUUUGCAAGUCCUUUUCCAACUGCCGCUGUAACGUCAUUCGAAGAGCACUUCCAGAUUCCACCUUCAUCCAUCCCAACUGGACUGCCGACUUUUGCAGCUCGUAGAACGCGGUUGGAAUGAAGCCACAAUAGUGGUUCACUG